GGACGGCGUCGCUCGCGUCAUUGACUAUAAUUAAAAAAAAAGAAAAUACUGGCCGAAAAUAAUUAGAAAGAAUUUUCCACGGGAAAAUAGCGCGAUUUGACAUCUGUCAAACGUUUUUCCGUUUGUGCUUUUUCUGCAAAAUCUUGUGUGUGCUGUGUUCAUUAAUUUUCUGUGUUGUAAUUUUUGAACUGUGCGUUGCGUAAAUUUUUUCGAAACCAAAGGUCGCUAAGGAGUUUGUGAAUCGAGACUUACGCAAAGCCAGUCGACUCUCAACAGCCAAGGAGGUAGCGCGCGGAUGGAUUUCUCGUGAAAAGAAAAGCAAAAAAAAAAAACAGUGAUGUUUUGAAUCUCGAAAAUAGAAUAGUGUUUUUUUUUUUUAAAUUCAUUUCAAUUUAAAAACAGUGCAGUGUCGUGUGACAGUAAAAUGCAGGGCCGUGAUAAGUUGUGUGCAAAAUUGACGAGCGCAUUCCUCAGGAAAUGGUGGUUCGUGCUAGCAUCAGCGGUGGUGCUACUACUCCUCGGGAUCAUAUGCGCGAUAUUCUUCGGCACUUGGGUUCGGCUGUUCAUAGACCAUGAACUGGUGCUGCGCCCCGGCUCGAUGACGUUCGAGUGGUGGGCGCGCCCCCCCGUCAGGCCCUUCAUCAGGGUGUUCGUCUACAACGUGACCAACGCCGAUGAGUUCCUGAACAAUGGCUCCAAGCCUGUGCUGGACGAGCUGGGACCUUAUGUGUACUCGGAGGAGUGGGAGAAGGUGAACAUAACCGACAACGAGAAUGGGACUCUGUCUUUCCACUACCGGAGGACGUACACCUUCCAGCCGGAUUUGAGCGCCGGUCCGGACGACGAUGCGGUUGUCGUUCCAAACAUUCCUAUGCUGAGCGCCACUUCCCAAUCGAAGCACGCGGCGCGCUUCCUCCGCCUGGCAAUGGCUUCCAUCAUGGACAUACUGAAGAUCAAGCCGUUUGUGGAAGUCUCUGUGGGCCAGCUGCUGUGGGGGUACGAGGAUCCACUCCUCAAGCUGGCUAAGGACGUAGUGCCCAAGGAGCAGAAGUUGCCAUACGAAGAGUUCGGACUAUUUUAUGGGAAAAACGGCACAGCCCCAGACGUGGUGACAAUGUUCACGGGCGCCGACGACAUGACGCGCUACGGCAUCUUCGAGAAGUACAACAUGAAAGACAGCCUGGGCCAUUGGGGCUCGGAGCAGUGCAACAGCAUCGCCGGCUCCGACGGCUCCAUAUUCCCCCCCCACAUCACCAGGAACGACACCCUGAGGGUUUAUGACAAGGACCUGUGCCGGGUUUUGCCGCUCAAGUAUCUCCACGACGUGGAGUCCUCGGCCGGCGUCCAGGGCUACCGUUUCACCCCACCAGAGGACGUGUUUGCUGAUGAUGAACACAACAAAUGCUUCUGCCCCGCCGGCCCGCCGUGUGCGCCAAACGGGCUGUUCAACGUGUCUUUGUGUCAAUACGACUCCCCGAUAAUGUUGUCGUUCCCCCACUUCUACCUCGCCGACCAGAGCCUGAGGGAGGCGGUGGAGGGGAUAUCGCCGCCCGUGCCCGAAGAGCACAGAUUGUUCAUUGACGUCCAGCCGGAAAUGGGCAUAGCGAUGCGCGCCCGCGCCCGCGUCCAGAUCAACCUGGCCGUCUCCCAAGUGCUGGACAUCAAGCAGGUGGCCAAUUUCCCGGAUAUCGUGUUCCCAAUACUGUGGUUUGAGGAGGGCAUAGACGAGCUCCCCGACAAGGUGUCCUCCCUCCUCCGGCUCGCGACCAAGGUGCCCCCCGUGGCGCGCGCGGCGCUCGCGUGGGGGCUCAGCGCGCUCGGAGCGCUGCUCAUACUGCUGGCCGUCACGUGCCUCAUCAGGUCGUCCCACCGGCAAAGCACUCUAAGGCUGGAAGGUCACGCGGUGGCAAAACCCCCACCCGCCAAAACCCCCUCCAAGGAAAACGGUUUCGAACUCAACAGCAGAAGGUAACCGGGACAUUUGUGAUGUGUACCACAGUGGACACACAUACAGUAAUGUCAGAAGCAUAGACGCAGUGAAAAAGGCGGACGGAGUAUUCUGCACGGCAAAAUGAAGCAUCAAUAGUAUAUAUUUUGGGAUACCCUUUUGGUUAUUAAGCCGCUACAUUUAUCACACUUAUACAAAUGAAACUUUUAAAUCACGACACGAUUCUUUGUUUGUUUAUUAUGUUUAUUUUUUUAUUACGUGCGCAGAUUGCACCUGCAUUAGCAUCUAGGUCAUAACUGAAAAUCAGCGUAUUGCUCUAUAGCAAUAAAUUCCUUGAUUUGUGAACUUUUUGUAUUGCUGCAACGCACACCCUAAUUAAUUUGUAUUUCAUGUGAAAUUGUAAAUUGUGUGUAGCAAAUCAAAUAAAUUAAUUAUCUAUCUAUCUAGUAUAUGCCGCUGUAUGUAUCACGCACACAUUCUCAACGAUAGUGUGACAGUUGGCCGCCAUUAUGUCAUAGAUUAUCUCGUUUUUUUACGCUCGCGCAUGGGUGCAAUGGAAAUUAGGAUGCUUCAUUUUUUUUUCAAGUUAUUACGUCUGACUUUUUCUCUACGCCUGUGUUCAGAACGUGAUGUGUACCAUUUAUGAGACACUGUUUUUUUGAGUAGGUAUCGCUUACUUGUAAAUGUUGAUGUUUUUUUUUCGCGAAGAAUGUAGAUUUUUAUUUUCUUUCACAGGUUCGAUAAGUGAUUAUAAUAAUAUGAUAAUUUCGAUUCUAUAAUUGAAAAUAGUUUUUUUUUUAUUGACUUAUAUAUUUGUAAUUGAAAUUAGUUACUCGAUUCUAAAUAAUGCGCGAUUUGUUUAUUGUUUCGAGAAAUGAUUAGAUAUUUAUACACAAAAAAAAAUUAACAUUCGCGUAAUCAAUAAUAAAAUGAGAAUAAAAUUUGCAAUUUUAUUAAUUGAAUUAAAGCAUUAUUUACAUUUAUUCAAGUUAGUUUCAUAAUUGGUACACGCGGACUAGAUUUUAUUUAAUUUUAUGAAAUGUCAAAACAUUACGAUUUCGUGUGGUAAUUACCUACAUGGAAUAUGAUAGUAACAUGUCAUUAAAAUCGCACACAAGAGACAAUGAGAUAAUUAUAUAAUCAUCAUUGCAUUGCAAAAAAUAAAAUGUAGUCAGUGUUUCACUUCAAAUGGUACUAAGAUGUAUAUUUUAAUGAAAUUCUAAUAUAUUUUUUUAUGAUCAAAAGAAAAUAUAUUUUUGUACUAUUGUUGAGAAAUAACGAAAUUUAAACCGAUCUUAUUAAGGUUCGCACAAAUUAAGAACAAUUGUAAUGACUAUGGUUUAAUGGAUACAUUUCAACUGUCUCCGACACUAAAUACAUAAUCCUUAUAAUAAUUUCAAUUUCACCUACAAAGCGAAUAUAUGUUUUUUACAGAAAAUAAUUAUUUUGCUUUUCAUGAUGUACUUAAAUAACUCUUAAAAAUUUGUACCGACCUUUAAUGAUGGUAUUUCAUAUAAUUUCUUAAGUAGCCAACGAUCCGUCCGAAUUUAGAUUAAUUUAAUAAUUACAACGACUGAAUCUUAUAAGACAAUACAAUAGGUGGGAUUAUAAUUCAUUGCGUUUUUGUUUUAUUAAGGACAUCACUAAAGAUUUUUUUUCAUAGUACCUAUAUAUUUAAUAUUAUUUCUUCAACAUAUAUUUUUAGCAUAAUUGUCGUUAAAUUCUGAUAUAAUUAUACAUUGUAACAUCACAAAAUUGUUAUUGAAAAAAUAUUUUUUUAAUUGCACACACAUAAUAUACACAAAAAAAAAUUAAUUUAAUUUAGUUCUUGUCAUUUAAUUUUAAUAACUGUUGUAUUGUCUGCAUGCGUACUUAAAUAGCCUUCAUAUUUUUAAUUCAAAAUAUAUUGUGAAAUAAAAUUUAAAUUUACGAAGUUGAUCGAUGUGUAAUUUGGCAAUAAUUUUAUAUAAUUGUUUUAUAAUAUAUUGUAAUUAAUCUUACCAAUUAAUGUGAUAUGAAUCUUCCAAUAUCGAAAUUUUAUAUUUUUAUGAACAAAUUAUCUUAUCCAUACAAUUAUUGACGUUAAUGUUUUUAUACAUAAAAAAAAUUGUUUACAAAAAUAAGUCAUAUUUUGUUUAUCAAAACUUAUUAGAAAUAUGUGCCGUAAGGGCUUGCUAUUUUCACAUUUCCCAUUGAUAAUAAUUCAAAAUAUAAUUUUCAACAGUUCCUUAUAUCGUGUUUACCUAUUUACCGAGUUAAAUUAUAAUAGAUACUAUUUUGCAUACGAGAAACAAAUCAAAUAGUGUCUAUGGAAUGGUUUUGAUCGACAAAAUAUUCUCGAUUACUUAUUUUUUUUUAAAUAUGACUGUCAAAUUGUAAAUAUAAUUUUUAUUAUUCAUAUUCUUACAUACGGGCUUCGGGUUGCCAUUUAUCGGUAGGGCAAUACUAAUACUAUUUAGCACCGACCAAAGUAUACAAUUAGAAUGAAUAUAGUAAUAUACAAAUAUUUUAUAACUUACGAGCAUAUCUUCAUACGCGUAGGUACUUAAUAUGAUCUUAAUUAAAUAAAUAUAAAUAGAUAAAUGUUUAUUUUCCCUGUAUUAAUUCAACAUUUUGGAUUGUUUUAGAAAAAAGAUAAAUGUAAUUGUUCAAGUCCAUAAACAGAUUUAAAUCAAGAUCUUAACUUCAUAUUUCGUCGUACGGUUAUUUACCAGAAAAAAAUCAGAUAUUUUUGUCCAUAUUCUGCAUUAAAAAUUCGGAAACAAAAAAUUGUUAACAUACGAACAAAACUAUUUUUAAAUAUGCAUUUAAAUCAUUCAAUAAUUAGUAUCAUGCAGCAGCAGGAAAGAGAUUUUUCAGUACUGCAUUAUGUUGGGCAAAUGAAAUAUGUAUAUUGUAAAGCUUUGGUCGGUCGUGUAGAAUCUCUCGUUUUAUCUUACCUUAGUGUACUAGUCUAAAAUCCUUAAUUAGAUGUAAAAAUAGCAUACAAUUUGGGAUUGUCGUUAGAUCGGACCGCCUUUUUUAGUUAUAUCUACAUUUUUUUUAUUUCUUUUUUAAUGCCUUUGGUAAAUUUCUUGCUCUUAUUUUAAAAUAGUUUACAUAUUUGAAGAUUUGACGACGAUGAUCUCGAAAUAAAUAUGCUUUUUUUACAGUUUAUAUAGAAUUAAUUGUUACUAUUUGAUGGGUAUGUUAAGAUGUCCACACGAUUAUAAAAAUAUUUUAUUGUUUAAAAUUACGUACAGAUCAAAAAAAAUUGUGUAUGCCAAAAUUUUUUUAGUAGUAGAUUUAUAAUUACAUCCAAGGUAAAAUGUUUUUAUAACCGUGAUGUACAAAAAAAUUGUAGGCGCGACAUGGUGACUAUGUAUAACGAAGUGGUUGCCAAAUAUAAUGUAUCCAAAAUAAUUUGUGUGAACUGGCAAGGGGGCUUUUGGGAUCAAUUUUCUUAUCAAACUUUAAUAAUAUUUCUGUUAUACAAUAAGGGACCAAGUUUUCACGAAUUUAAAUUAUUCUUUAGAAACAUUCGCAAUAUUUUAUAUUUUUAAUUCAAACUUUUCAAUUUUUAUAUUAUUUAUAUUGAUCACAAAUUCAGACAAACUAAAAUUUUUUAAAUUAAAGUUGUAUAAUUUAUUUGGCAAUAAUGCAAAUUUUAUAAUUUACUAUAUUAAUUAUUUUGUAUAUUAUACAACAGUUCUUUAUUAGCGAAAUUUCUUAAUUGUAAAGUAUCAGAUUUACUCGAUGAUUUCCAUGGAAUAAUUUUAUUUUUAAUUAUGCUGCUGGUCCCUAUGCAAGGAGGAUCUAAGGUGCUAUAUAUUAAUAAAAAAAUAUGCAUAUUAAAAAAAAAUACUUUAUAAUGUCAUCUAACCCUUGCCAAGUUUGUAAUUUAAGUAAUUACAGAUGUCAAAAUGAAUCCAUUAUAGUCCAUUAUAACUUUUCUACCUAUUAAUAUACUAUAAAGGUAAAUUUUUCGAAAAAUUUACAGCUACAUUUUUUCUACUUUAAGACAAAUGAUUCUCUUUGUAUGUAAUUCCUCAAAAUCUUAGAUAACAAGAGUGACAUUUGAAUAUUAAAGUAGUUAGGGACAAUAGCAAGGUAAAAAAAUGUAACUCUUAUAAUCCUGAAAUAGAAAAUAAUAUAUUUGAACGUCCAACGAAUUAUGUGGUGUUCAUUUUGUGAGCUACGUUUUUGUAGAAUAUAGUUUUAAUUUAGUUAUUGGCAUGUAUGUUUAGUGGACAAUAAAAAAUAUAUUGGCUGCGGCGAUCACGAGUAAGUUAAAUUAACUUUUACAAUUGCUCUUAUAAAAUAUGUUUUGUUUUAUACACUAGUCAUGGUAUAAUUCGUCACAUAUUCUAAUGCAGAAAAAUAGCUAAAUUUCACGUAAUUUUUUUUUAAUAAUAAUUACUGUACGUCAUCGAAUUUACGAUGUAUUAAUUCGUUAAUUUUAAUUAAUAUUUAAAAUAUCUGUACGAUUGAAUAAGGGUUACUAUGGUUUGUACUACUCUUUAAAGGAAAACCAACGUGAUUCACAUAAUGACAACUCCUAUCAAUUGGACAAUGCAUUUGAACAUUGAACAAUAUCCUAUUUUUAAUAAAAUUACAAUAAAUAUUUCAAUCAAACACAUUAUUUUAUACGGUAUUUUUUUUUUUAACAAUUUGAAUUUAUUCCAACGCGUGAUGGCUGCAGCCAAGAUAUUGUUGGCGUUGAAUAAGUUAUUAUAUUUUAGCUAACGGUAACUUGUAAACGAAUUCUGAGAUUGUAUAUUAUGACAUUUUGCUCAAAUAAGCGACCGACAUCACCGGGUGUAGACGUUUAAAUUGUCUGUAAAUAUUAAAUAAUGGUGUAAGUUA